AUGGAGGACACAACACGACCAACACGGCCACCGUUAGGACCGGGUAACGACAGCGACAACCAAGAUGAAACUACCCGCCUGCUCGCGUCUUGGCAGAUAGACGAACAGACCCAUGCGCGGAUCCUUGAGACGGAGAUUGUACCUGUGGAGCUGGGGCCGUUUCUGAAGGAAGGAGGACAGACCGGCCAACGACCGCUGGUCAUUUUCGUAAUUGGCCAAACGGGCGCAGGCAAGAGUGUGUUUACACCAUGUCUGUUGGAGGCGCUUCGGGAAGAGGAUGAUGGGGGAAAUAGUAGGGAGAAAGGGGAGCAAAAACAACGAUCUGUCCUUCACCUCAUCGCCGAUACUUACAAGACAUACCACCCUUUUUAUCACGCUGCGUUGGCUCACGAUCAGGGACGGGCUACUACCGCUAGCUCUGCUUAUGCUUCUGGUACUAUCCUCAGUACUAGCACCAGCACCAACACCAACCCUACCAAUCCUGAGACGCACUCCCCAAACACCACUACCACACCAACCCCAACCCCAAAAAAGCCCCUCGCCUCCCGCCUCGCCGGCCCCUCCGCAGCCCGCUGGCUCCGCGAGAUCUGUGAGCGGGCCGCAGCUCUACACGUUCCCCGUGUGGUGAUUGAGUUAGCUUCACGUCUAGCGAGCGGGGUGUUUUCUCUGCACGGGUAUACAGUACGUGUGGCGGUGUUGGCGGUACCUACGCCGUUAAGUCGGUUGGGGGUUUUGGAACAGCAGCAGGAACAGCAACAGCAACAGCACCAGCACAAAAUGCCCCCACGCCUAACACCGCGCGUGGUGCACGACGAGAGUGUCGCAGGCGUGCGUGAGGCCGUGGCGUGGGUGGACGCGGGCAUGGAUGCGGUUGAUGGGGGAUCGUUCGUGGCUGAUAGGGUGGUGGUUUUGCGUCGGGGUGGGGGGGUUGUUCAUGAAAGGGAGAGCGAUCGGGUACGGCAAGUAGAAGAAGAAGGGGAGAAGACAGAGAAACCGGACAGCGCGGGGAGGGCACUGGAGCGUGAGCAAGCCCGGCCGCUGUCGCGCGCGGACAGAAAGACGGCUGCGGCGGAUAUUGCGAUGCUCAGGGCGCUGGGGGGUCCGGGGGUGGAUAAGGAGGUGGAUGAUAUUGAGGGACUGUUGGAGGAGCUGGGUGAAGAGACUGAGACAGAGACUGAGGCAAAAAUGUUUGAUGCGGCGGCUUUCGUAUCGAUGAGGGAGUCGUAG